AUGUCAACAAGAGUACAAAAAUCUGCAAUUUUAAAUGAAAACAUAGACAAAGUAUGGAAUGUUUUACGUAAUUUCGAUUUCCCAUCAAAAAUCUUCCCAGUAAUCGAAAGUUCAAUUAUUGAAGGUGACUCAACACCAACCACUGUUGGAGCCAUCCGUGUUUUAAAGUGGAAAACUGGUGAAACCAAUAAACAAAGAUUAUUAGAACUCUCUGAUCUUUCACAUAAAAUCAUUUAUGAAUUAAUUGAAAGUGAACAAACUGCUGAAGUUACUGCCUACAUUAGCACCAUUAAAUUAAUUCGUAUUACUGAAUCAAAUCAAACCCUUUUGACUUGGGAAAGUGAAUUUUCAGCAGAUGUAAAGAAGGAUUUAAUUAAUUUCGAAUCAAAAUCAGUUUCCUUAAAUUUACAAGAUUUACAAAAAUUCUUUUCAAAAUAA